UUGCUGUGGGUUUGUGCGCUUGAGCAGGGGGGGAAGGAGAGGCGGGGGGACCGGAUUUAGCAGAUUUUCUCCGGGUUGGUGGGUGUGUGAGAUCUUCCAUCAGUUGCAUCGAACAGUAAACAGCAUCUCCGAAACUGGGAUAACAAAAAAAGAAAAGAAAGCCGCUGCUCUUGUCUGGUCCGUUGUGUUUUUUGUUCAUUGGACGUCUCAGACUCCGGUGAUAGAUACAUGAUAAAAGGAAGCAGUAGUGUCACUUCACCGAUUCCAUCGCGUUAUUAACACACUGAAUGGUUGCUGUUCGGGAUUGCAUUGGGUUUAAACCGCUUAACAACUGAAGUCCUGAUCAGGAUUUGCUCUUCUUCAAUGAGGAACUACAGGCUCAUCUUCUGCCACAACCUGAAGCAGCCUUAGAUGAGCAAAGAAUGCCUAUUCACUGAGAGUGACUGGAGUAGACAAGCUGAACAUUUGGGUGUCUGUGUGCUCAAAGAAGGAAACAGCCUUGCUGUGGAAGCUAUGAGGAAGAGCCUCUCCCCUGCCCUCAGCACCUGCGACUCCCUCAGCACGGCCAGGGUAUUUGGAGUUCCCCUCGAGGAGCUGCAGCAGGACGGGCAGCCUGGACAGGAGGUCCCCGUCCUGGUGAAACGCAUCGUCGAGUACAUCGAAGAGCACGGGGGCUUGGACCUGGAGGGCCUGUUCCUGGUGAACGGGAAUGCGGAGCGAGUGGAGUGGCUGCGGCAGCGCUAUGAGAGCGGGGAGGAGGUCGAUCUGGAGAAGGAGGCGGACCUGGCCUCUGCCGUCAGUCUGCUCCGACUGUUCCUUCAGGAGCUCCCCGAGCCCAUCAUCCCAGCCGCCCUGCAGGCUCACAUCCUGCAGCUGUAUCAAGACUUCAGCACGGAGGAGGAGCAGUCCAGAAACAUGAAGUACUUCCUGCAGCAGCUCCCGCAGGCCAACUACAGCCUGCUUCGCUUCCUGUGCCGCUUCCUGUGCAGCGUGGCGUCGCUGCAGGAGGAGAGCUGGAGCGCGGGCGCCCUCGCCGCUGUCUUCGGACCCGACGUCUUCCACAUCGAUACGGAAGUGGAGGACCUGAAGGAACAGGAAUCAGUCGGCAGGAUCUUGGCUGACCUGCUGGAGAAUCAGGAGGACUUGUUUGAUUGUGAAGAGGAGGAUUUCUCCACUACCAACGACUACAGCUCCGUCACGGGACAAAUCACGGAGCUGCUGGACGAUGAGAAGCUGGAGCAAUGUGAGGAUCUACCCCAGGACAGUGAGGACAGCCCGGAGGAAUCCCAGAACGAGGACUCCGCCUCGUCCAGUUCCCACAUCACUCCCAUCAGUAUUUUGCCAGCUUCUGCAGACAUCAUCGAGAGGACGAUCCGCGCUGCGGUGGAGCAGCAUCUCUUUGACCUGCAGAGCAGCAUCGAGCAGGAGAUCCACAGCUAUGAGAGGCAGGGAGCCAAGGAGACCCGCAGCUAUGAGAGGCAGGGAGCCGAGGAGACCCGCAGCUAUGAGAGGCAGGGAGCCGAGGAGACCCGCAGCUAUGAGAGGCAGGGAGCCGAGGAGACCCGCAGCUAUGAGAGGCAGGGAGCCGAGGAGACCCGCAGUUAUGAGAGGCAGGGAGCCGAGGGGCUGGGGCAGGGGGAGGCUGGCACUGGACCAGCGGAGCGAGACGGGGACAGCUCCCAGCCUGGGCUUGUAGAAACACAGCCCAAAGACUGUCCAGAAGAGAUGGGUGACGAGGAGGAGGAGGAGAGCAGGCAGGAAGUGGAGAGCGCCGCCCUGCUGGAAGGCUCUGGCAGUGACGCUGACACUGAAGCAUUGGUGGAAACUGAAAACAACAUCAACACAGCCAGACAGGAAGACUGUCGGGUGUCCGAGAACGACAACGAAGCUGAACUCAUCACCUGUAAGCCCGGUGGCGGAGGGUAUGAUGAGAACGCCAACUCGGAGUCGACAGACCGUCCCGGCCAGCCAGGACCAACCCCCCACCUCGACCUGCACAGAGUGUUUCAAGGGUUGGAAGCGCCAUGUCCAAUCACUUUCCCCCUCAUUGACUUCAAAUCAAUGCACCUGCAGAAGGACGGGGAAGACCCCGUCCCUGCGUUCAAGUCCUGGCAGGAGGACUGUGAGUCCGGGGAGGCUCAGCUCUCCCCGCUGGCCGGCCGCAUGGUCCACCACCCCCUGGAAGAAGACUCCCACGUCCUGCUCGCACGCCGCUUCCUGGACUUCGGACACAGCCAGCGCUUCCUGCAGACUCCUGACGCCUCCUCCUCCUCCCCCCCCACUAAAGCACUUUCCUUCAGGAGGCCUCGCCGAGCCUCCUUCAGCUCCAGAGAGACUGGGAAGGGGGAUGCCGUCCCCGUCCAGUUCACCAAGAAACUGCAGAACCUCAAGAAGAAGAUCAAGCAGUUUGAGGAGCAGUUUGAGAAGGAGAGGAACUACAAGCCCUCGCACAGUGAUAAGGCAGCUAAUGCAAAGGUUUUGAAAUGGAUGACGGAGCUCACAAAGCUACGCAAGCAAAUCAAAGACACUAAGCGCAAGUCCUCGGACGGAGAGUUUCCUCCCCAGCCCCGGCCACGGAGCAACACCCUCCCGAAGAGCUUCGGCUCCACGCUGGACCAUGGGGAGUCGGAGGGGACGGUGCAGGGGCGGCCCAGCCCAGAAUCCACAGUGGAUCUCAUCCUGCGCAGGCUCCGGGACAAGAGGGAGGAGGCAAGCUGGCCAGAGGACAUGAAGAAAAUGACAAAGGAAAACCUGCUCUGUGAGAAGACAGCACUGCAGAAGAACCUGCUGUACUACGAGAGUAUCCACGGGCGCCCGGUCACCCGCGAGGAGAGGCAGAUUGUGAAGCCUCUUUAUGAGAGAUACCGGCUGGUGAAGCAGAUGCUGACCCGAGCUAGCAUCACAACCCUAAUUGGCUCUCCGUCAUCCAAGAGGCGGGGACAGAUGUUGCAGCCAAUCAUUGAGGGGGUAACUGCUCAUUUCUGUGAUGAGAUCAAUGAGGAGGAUGAGGAGGAUGAGGAGGACGAGGCGGAGGAGGAGGAGGAGGAGGAGGAGGAGGGGGGGGUCAGUGAGGACACAGCGGUCACCAUCAUGCUGGACCCGGCCAGCCUCCCGCACUCCUUCCAGGCUCACCUGGACAGAGAGAAGAUGGACCCCAAGCUGGAGGAGAGCUCGGGCAGGCUGGCCCGCAACCUCUGCAUGUCUAACACCAACACUACAUCCAUGCCAGAACUCCUGGAGCAGCUGUGGAAGGCGAGGGCCGACAAGAAGCAGCUGCGGAAGAGCCUCCGAGACUUCGAGGACGACUUCUAUCAGCAGAACGGCAGGAAUGUGCAGAAGGAAGAUCGCUCUCCGAUGGGGGAGGAGUACAAGGAAUACAAGCGGAUCAAAGCCAAACUCAGACUGCUGGAGGUUUUAAUCAGCAAGCAGGAUUCUUCCAAAUCCAUUUAACCCCCUCGGGGUCCACGUGUCCUGCACCCCUCUCUCCACACAGCCACUGACUAUCACACUGGAGCCAGCCUGGCCUGAGGAGGAGUGGCAUGGCAUAGCAAAGCUUCCCAGCUCUGCCAGAUGUGUGGAGAGCUCCUCCUCCUGCUCCUGCUCCUCCUGCUUGUGCUCCUCCUCCUCCUCUUGUUUUAUUUAAAGACCCUUCUCAGUGUUUUUCUGCUGACUACAUGCAUUUUGGUUCAACAAUAAAGGACUGUUAAUGUUAGGAGCCAGAAGGGGAACUUUUUUUAAAUUUUUUUUUAUUUAACGGAGCUCGUUUUGAAUUUGUUCUCUUAUUUAUUUUAAAUGACACUUUCAUGUUAACUGUAGUUAGUUUAUCACACUGGGAUGUUUCUAACACUUGACAGUGUGCACACAGGAGGGCUGAGGUUUUUGUAUGAGACGGUUUGUAUUUGAACAGACACAGCACUCUCCCAAACACCAGACAACAGGCCGCACCGCUCCUGGCAAUCAGACUCGUGUGGAAACACUUGAGAGCUUUACUUCUGGUAUCAAAUCCUGGGAACCUUUCAACUGACCAUAAACAAAAAGACUUGGAGACAUGAUUUCAAAACCCUGGAUCAAAGCUUAUAUAUACACACACACACAGGAGGAUUUUUUUAUUGUUGUUGUUUUUCACAGAACCCUGGAUGUUUUGUGUUCCCGAGAGGGUUCUCUGAAUGUACUCGCCCAUGCCCAGCAACAAGGACGGUGGAAGUCAGUCCAUGCCCAGCAACAAGGACGGUGGAAGUCAGUCCAUGCCCAGCAACAAGGACGGUGGAAGUCAGUCCAUGCCCAGCAACAAGGACUGUGGAAGUCAGUGUUGAUUUGCCACCUGUUCUGUGUGUGCAUGUGUGCAGUGCUGGCUGUUUCCAGGACACAAGGGCUCUUACUCAAGUCUGUGCUGAUGGGACUUUUUUUUAAAGAAUACAAAAAAAAAAAAUACUGAAAGUGUUUAAUAGACCUUGAAUUAAACUGUAGAGCUGAUUUUUAGUUCUAUUUUUGUACAA